CAGGUGGGGGAGGGAGGGAGGAGGUGAUAUUCUAGCGCACGGAAGGUGCCAAGUAGCAGGUGGCACUGCUUUUGUAGCACCCAGUUGCACUGCCACCGUCGACACUACUGGAUGGGCGAGUCCCUCGCCUCCUGACACCACUGCAUGGUUGAAGUGCCGCGAGCAGUGUGACCUGACAAACAAGUGGUAACUGCGGCAUCCGGUAACCAGUUGAUGUAUAGUCCGGUACCCACAGGAGGUCACGGAGCAGUUGUCUGAUCUGCAGGUCAGCGACCUCAGGUACCCCAGACAUCACGCCCGUUCCAAGCAUGAUGGAAAAUUUAGGUACAACGUAAAGUGAAAUAAGCAUUGCGGUGUAUAUAGUAAAAUAUGCAGUGAGUGGACAUGUGUGAACUGCUUGCCCGGGCACACCUGGCGGCGGUGCCCACUUCUCGCAGUAUCUGGGGACACGUCGCCGCCGCCAUCGACGCCCUCAGCGACACCCCUGAGGCUCCCCAUCAGCUGGUGUCUCGCCUGCUGGAGACCAGCGUGCGGCACCCACUGGUAGCGGCGGUGCCAAGGAGCCACAAGCAUGCCCGCCAGGUGCUGCAGUGGCUCAGAGACCAAUGGCUCGCUCGAGGAUGGACCAUCCCUGCAGAGUUUUCCGACGACGCCAUGUCGUGCCUGGAGUGUGAUCCAGAGGUGUUUUACAAGACGUAUGUUGGAUGGGGCGGAGGUGGGGUGGGUCGGGCAGGGGUGACGCUGCUGGAGAGUGCCGGCGGCAUCGCCCACAACACCACAGGACUCACCACCUGGUGUGGCGCAGCUGUCCUGGCCGAGUGGGCGACCGACAACCCUGCCAUCAUGGCUGGCCGGCGGGUGCUGGAGCUGGGCGCUGGUGUGGGCUUUACCGCCUGCGUCAUCCUCACUACCCCCCUUCAGGAGGGUCUCCAGCCCCCCACCAGUUACCUCCUCACCGACUGUCACCAUCACGUCCUCACUCUUCUCCACCACAACCUGGCGCUCAAUCUGGUCACCGCACCACCAAAGAGAGAAGAACUGGAGAAGUUCCAGCGGGAGGCGAGUGAGGAGUUGGUGAGGGGAGAGGUGGAGGCAGGAGAGGUGGUGGCCUGGCCAACACCUGCUCCCCAGGGCUCGUCUCCUCCUGCUGCUGUGGUGGAGGUGAGUGGCGCAUGCGUGCUGACGAAGGUGGACGUCCUGCAGGUUGACUGGCGCCGCCCGCCGCCCCUACCGCCCGUCGAUGUUGUCCUGGCCGCUGACGUGGUGUAUGCCCGACACCUCAUCCCUUCCCUGGUCACCCUCAUCAGGUCCAUCCUGGACGGCAGCGCGUCAGGACAACGUGAAGGAAAACCACCAAACUUUGAGACAGUAGACAUCAGUUCGAAAAACGACCAGAAGCAGAAGGCACGACUUGAAGUCUAUUCGCAGCAAAAUCCAACGGAGGAAGAUGAAGCAAAGAUGAAUAAGGAAGAGCCAACAGGAGGCAAAAAUAACGACGAAGACGGAGGUGCAACAAACGACAAAAAUGAAAAACUAGAAAGGGACCAAACAGAAGGACCAGGGAGGAGGGAGCGCGAGGCAUUCAUAGCCUGCACCCGCCGCAGCCAGGAGACCCUGGCGGUGUUCCUGGAGGAGGUGAGGCAGCAGGGCCUGGUCUACUCCCUCGUCUUCCAGGCCACCCUCGACACCGACACCGCCCUCUUCCUCUACAACGAAGCCCAUCUACCCGUCAAAAUCUACAGGAUCACCCUACCGUCUAGGUCAGUUGGGUCGGCUGCAUGUCACUCGCAGGAUUGAAUGGGUUGUAAAGUGAUGUUUGUUGGUGAUGAGGGUGGUAGAGUCCAUCAGCCGCUGUGGUGAGUGCUGACAGAGGCACCAGGUGCUCAGGUACUGCCAGUAUUGGCCCUGGUGAUUGCAUGAAUGUUUCUUUGGUUUAAAAAUGUUAUAAAAUGACUGAGUGGUUUUAUUUAUACACACUGAAGUUUAAAAUACAGUAUAUAAACACCGUU